AUGCUCCUAUUGUUCGAGAAGGGUAUAAGAGGAGGCAUAACCCAGGCUGUACACCGGUAUGCCAAGGCUAAUAAUAAGUACAUGAGAGAGCAGAACAUUUCAGAGGCUUUAAGGCAUGGGCUUGAGCUCAAGAAGGUGCGCAGAGUCAUCCAAUUUAACCAGAAGGCAUGGCUGGCAGGCUAUAUCGAUCACAACACGAGGCUGAGAACGACUGCCAAAAACGAGUUCGAAAAGGACUUCUACAAGCUUAUAAAUUUAAGCAUAUUUGGCAAGACCAUGGAGAAUAUUAGAAAUCACCGCAAUAUUCAGUUGGUUACAAACGAAGACAAGUACACGAACCUUGUGAUGAAACCAAAUUUCAAGGGUGGUAGUAAGUUCAGAAAAAACCUGGUAGGCGUUGAAAUGGGCAAGACCGAGUCUAAGUACGGUAGCAAGUUGCAGCUCUGCUACAUGGACACGGACUCUUUUAUGUAUCAUAUACGAACAGAAGACUUUUACAAGGAUAUCAAGGAGGAUGUUGAGGCACGCUUUGACACAAGUGCCUAUAAUCCUGAUGAUGAAGGGCCCCUUCCUAUAGGGAAAAACAAGAAGGUGGUAGGUCUCAUGAAAGACAAACUGGGUGGUAAAACAAUGACCGAGUUCAUCACCCUCAGGGCCAAACUCUAUGCUUACAAGAGCCUUACAUCGCAAAGCCAUAGGCGUAAAGAGGUGCGUCACUGA